UGUAAAGUGUUGGUGCCAGUCUUGCAGUGACGCCUAAGCAGACAGAGCAGUUCAUUCUACUAGCAGUAAAGUCUUCUACACUCCAGUCUUACUUGUUAUAGCUAACACAGUUUGUUUGCUUCUGUUUCUUUCUUUUUCUGUGGCUGAAAAGUGAGUCAAGAUGGACACCCCAUCCCAGAAGCGCUCAAGUCGCAACAUCGGCAACCCGCAGUCCCCUGCUCGUCUCACCCGUCUGCAGGAGAAGGAAGAACUCCAAGAUCUUAAUGACCGGCUGGCAGUCUACAUUGACAAGGUUCGAUCCUUGGAGACUGAGAACACAGGUCUCCGACUGCGCAUCACAGAGUCAGAGGACAUUGUGAACCGAGAGGUGUCUGGCAUCAAGAAAGCCUAUGAGACUGAGUUGGCUGAUGCUCGCUCAACCCUUGAUUCAGUAGCCAAGGACCGAGCCCGUCUACAACUGGAGUUGGGCAAACUCCGAGAAGAGUUUAAAGAAUUAAAAGCCAGAAAUGGCAAGAAAGAGGCUGACCUUCUCACAGCACAAGCACGGCUUAAGGAUUUAGAGGCACUCCUGAAUUCCAAGGAUGCAUCCUUGAGUACCGCUUUGAAUGAGAAGCGAAACCUAGAGGGCGAGGUGCGGGACCUAAAGGCACAGAUUGCUAAGCUGGAACUGGCACUGGAAGAUGCCAAAAAGCAGCUACAUGAUGAAAUGCUACGUCGUGUCGAUGCCGAGAACCGUAAUCAGACCUUGAAGGAAGAACUGGAGUUCCAGAAGAACAUCUAUCUAGAGGAAAUGAGAGAGAGCAAACGUCGGAGUGACGUUCGUAUUGUGGAGGUCGACAGUGGCCGUCAGCAGGAAUAUGAGAACAAACUGAUGGAGGCUUUGCAGCAAAUGAGGGCAGAGCAUGAGGACCAGCUCAGGAUGUACAAGGAUGAACUGGAAAAGACUUACAAUGCCAAGCUGGAAAAUGCAAAACAUUCAGCUGAAAGGAACAGCAACCUCAUUGGAGCCGCCCAUGAGGAGCUUCAGGAAACACGCACUCGAAUCAACUCUCUGACAUCACAGCUCAGCCAACUGCAAAAGGAACUGGCUGCCAAGGAUGCAAAGAUUCGCGAUCUAGAUGAAACUCUGGCCAGAGAACGGGAUAUGAAUCGUCGGAAGCUGUCUGAUGCAGAACGACAGAUGGCAGAUCUGCGGGCACGCAUGCAGCAACAACUGGAUGAAUACCAAGAGCUUCUGGAUAUCAAGCUGGCACUGGACAUGGAAAUCAAUGCAUACAGAAAGUUGCUGGAAGGCGAGGAGGAGAGGUUGAGGUUGUCUCCUAGUCCACCACCUCGAACUACAGUAACGAGAAGCAGUGCAGGUUCCUCUCAUACUGUGCGCUCCGGCUCACCAGGAACAUCUGGAGUAAUCACCAAGAAGAGGCGGCUUGAUGACAUGGAAAAUGGCCUUGCCCGUGGCAGGACAAGCAUUUCUCAGCGAGCAACUGCUAGUGGCCGUGUCACUGUUGAUGAAGUUGAUCUUGAAGGAAAAUACAUUCGCUUGAAGAACAAAUCAAAUGAGGAUCAAAUGAUGGGAAAUUGGCAACUGAAAAGGCAAAUUGGAACAGGCAAUCCAAUCAUCUUCAAGUUCUCACCAAAAUUCAUCCUAAAGAGUGGACAGACCGUCACGAUCUGGGCAUCUGGCUCUGGUGCUUCUCACAACCCUCCCACGGAUCUUGUCUGGAAAGCACAGACAUCCUGGGGAACUGGAGAUGAUAUCCGUACCAUUCUUAUGAAUGCCAAUGGAGAGGAUAUGGCUACACGUACUGUUACAAAAACAGUGACUAUUGAGGAUGAUGAGGAAAUGGAAGAUGAUGAAGUUGAUGUUCGCAGGGGCCUUCAUCAUGACCACCACCACCACCACCACCACCAACAGGGGCUUCAUUCUGGAUCUGGUGCUGACUCUGGCGAAUACAAAUUACGUUCUCGCACUAUUUUCUGUGGCAGCUGUGGACAACCAGCAGAGAAGAGUGGUGCUACAACUCAGGGACUUGGUGGAUUGGGCAGCAGUGAGUCUUCAUCCUCCACCAUGACUACUACCCGGACAGUUCGGACUUCAGGAGGCAUUGGGGGGUUUGGAGAGAAUCUGGCCAGAACCUACGUGGUGGGCAACACCACUCCUCGAGGUCAGGGCGUCCAAAGACUCGACGCCCAAAAUUGCGCCAUCAUGUGAAGAGCUUGACUCCAGAGAUGCGCCUUAAGAGCAGAAAAGGAUAUUUCCUGCGAAGCCGGAAAAGUUGUUAAGGAAGAAGGAAGAUUUUGAAAAAUAUAUAUGAUAAAUAUUUUGUAUGUCAGGAAAUAUUUUUAACAACCAAAGUUAUCACUUUUGUAUGACAAAUGAAAAAAGCAAAAAAAAAAAAAGUUCUGUAUCAUUAUAAAAUUGUCAGCUUUCAGCCAGAAUUAAACAAAAAAAUGUUAAAAGAAAUAAUUUUUCAGUGCUGUAGAAGGUAAGGCUUUGCAUUGGUAUCUUUUUUGUUACAUUCAGAUGUAAUUACAGCUUCCUGCAGAAUUGUCAGCUCGGUAUGGAAUUAGGACAAACCAAGCCAUUUGUAUUUGUAUACGCACUCGAGUACACUGAUCACAUCCAUGUAUUCAUGGAUACAUGUUCACGUGUUUGUGUGUGCAGUUGUGGAUUGAUGUGCCAGUCAGUUGUCUAAAUGUCAGGUUAUUAAGUCUUGUUUUGGGGGACUUGGUGCCAACAAACUAAUAAUUUGCUGAAGAAUUCCUAGAUAAAGAGUGAAUAAAUAUAUAUAUUUGCUACAGAAAAGUGCUUCCAGCUAAGAACAUUUGCUAGUAGGGCCUCAGCUUGUAGGUAUAGGGAGUCUGUCACCUCCCAAGAGCAUAACGAAUGGGCACAUUUCUGAGAUAGGUUGUGGCUACAUCAGUUGUGGUGGUUUGUGAUUUUCUAAGAGGGCCAUGUUAGUGGCAAAUUAGAGUACAGUAUAUGUACUGCCUAGGUAACGGGGGAGAUGUGCAAAAUUAAGUGACUGUGUAGUAGUUAUGUUAAUUAUGUUGUCACCUGUUAUAAUUAGCAAUGGUGAUCAGGAAAUGAGCGUAAAUGUGUAUGGGGCUAAUAAACCCCACUUGUAUUUUGUUUACUGUUAGCUUUGGUUUUUUUCUUGUAUUCCUCAAAGCAUGUCUGGUGAGUAAAUUAAUUGAAGAAUUGUUCUGUGUCCAAUACAUGUAGAACCUGCUCGAUUAGGAUUUUACCCUUUGAUUUAUUAGCAACUUGUGGAGAGUUUGAUGUCAAAGCGCAACUUUGUUUCUGCCUUAACUACUGUUUAAAGUUAUAAAGUGCUGGUUGAAAUCCUUGGUGUAUGUUUUAGGUUCUUUUCCAUUUCUCUUGUGCCUACUGACCAUCAGUUUUCUCAUCAUGUUCUGUCUCUGAUUUGUUCCAAGUUAGAUCCAUCACUACAGUCAAUAUCACCAAGAGGGGAAUCCCAUAUUUUCACUGUAAAACACUUUUUUGAUGCCCUUCCUCAGUGGCAGCUGGUGCUACGGGUGAGAGACAGAUUGUGUUGGAUACAUUAUCCAGGCACUCAUAGGAGUUGAUUAUUCCUCCUCCCCCAGCCAUAACAGUCCCAUGUGCCAACUUGACAUGUCUGUAGGACUUGCUGUCACCCACUGACCUGUAUGUAUGCAUUGUUUUGAGUUAUGGCUAAUGUACAAACAUGCAGCUUAGUAGGAGUGUCCAUCUUGCUGCAUACGCUACACUGUGCUGCAUUAUACAGCACAUCAGACUCCCACUUUCCUCCCAGGAUGGGGAAGCUGGUGUCAGCUGCUCAUUCCUACCAUUCACUACUAUCUUGUCUAAUGCCUGAUCUGCUAAUCAGUCCUAUGUCAUAUUGAGUGCAGUCAGGGUUUUAUUCUUUUGUCCAAAUCCUUGUUUUGUUUUUGGCAUUGUAGUGUGCACCUUAUUUGUGUUAGUAGUGGCCUGAAUUACGCUGUGGCCUAAAUUACUAGUUGUGGGUGUAGUAAUUUUUCUGCACUUUUUUGUUAGUAUACCUCCACCUAGUGCGCUAGAUGCUUUCACUACAUCUGGUAGUUCAUGUUAUCCCUUAUCCUGCAGUUUGCACAGUUGAAUUGUCCUGGUAUGAUUGCUUUUUUGCACCCUGACACUUGGUGACUGUCAAGCUGCUCUUUCCACAUUGCUGCAGGAAGUGAGAAUCUUAUGGAUCAGUUAUUCCUCCCAGAGUUGCAGACCGAGAAGCAGGAGUGCUGUCAUCCUGCUAUGGGGAAUUAGGACAGGUUUCUGUUCCAGCUCUAACUAUUCCCAUUGCUCCAUGCCCAUGUCAUCCCCAAGGAGUGAAACCAAAUCCCACUGGUGAUUUUCUAUCUCAAGUGUGGGUUCUACUUGGAAUUUGCACUGUAGACAAUGUAGUUCCCUUCCUUCUGCUCACAGAGAGUCAAGUUGACUCAGCUUCCCCAGCUAGCUACUCCAGUGGCUGAGUUGUUAAUUGAACUUGGGUCAUAGGGGCUUUAUCCCUCCAUACUACUGGAGGUGGGUAGUAUUUUCUUUUUAAGUAUCCUUUAUUACAUUGUAAAAUGGAUAGUAGCAAUGUAUUGUGGUUACUUAAAUUCCUGAACUGUAGUAUAAUUAUUUUUUAAAACAAAAUUUCAUUCAGUGACAUCAGCAUAGAAGUAGUUUUCUCAUAUUCUCUUCCCCCUUGUACACAUUUAAGACUAACACACUCUGUCUGUCUCUAGCAAUGGAGAAUCCAUUUCCAUGUUCUUAAUUAACCCAGCCUCAGUCCUGUAAAACUGGUUGAAAGUUGCACAGCUAGACAGUAAUUGUGCCAUCUCACAAGUUCCCUACCACAUAUUCCACCUUCCCAAUUUUCUAGUGUGUUUGUGUGAAUGUUUUUGUGUGUAGAUAAACACUGCUACAUUAGAAUCAUCAGAAAUCUGUACAUUUCUGUGGUUAAUGUAAAUGAAUAAACACUGGACAACGGAAAAUUAGGCCUCUUAACAGCGAUACUUGGAAAGGUUCUCAUUGUUACACUAAACAUCUACGUCUUGAUGCAGUUUUGAAGGUAAACAGUAUUCUCAUACGCACUUCUGAAGUCGUGUGGCCCUGUUAUAAAACACAUCAACAUUACUGUGCUGUUAGAAGGAUCCCUUUACCACAGAAAAUAAUUGCCAGAUUAUUUCUUUGGUAACCUCUCUACAUUGUGACGAUUCUGGAUUUUAUGGUGGAGACAGCAUGCUGUAACAUUUGAAAUGGAUGUUGCAUGGCGCCAGUGAACAAGGAAGUAUCAGAUUGAGUCUGAAAGGAUCGGUGUCCCUUGAGGCCUUGUAAUCUGUUGGCAUACGUCAUCAUCUGUCAUCUUGAAACACAGUCAGUAGAAAAGGCUUAAAAUCCUCAAUGCAGAAUCCAUCUGCUUUUGCUGGGUUUAUGCUCUUUCAUCUAAACUAUGAUAUGGAACAAAUGAUGUCAUACUUUUUAUUGAAUAAAGAAGAAGAAUCUGAAACUGAAAGUGAUGUCAUCAUCAGAACUGUGCUACAGAAGAACACUAAGGUAAAUGUAUGGCAAAAAUUUAAGUUCUUUUUAAUGUGUUUAUUAUUUCCAUUCAAACAUAUAUUUGUACCAGAUGUAGGAUCUGUUAGUCCUUGUUUUAGUACCUGUUUUGAGGGUGUUCUUGGUGGUUGCAAGACAGAGACAGAAUUAACAUAAUUGUGUUUGCGGAAUAAUGGAGUAGUCCAAGGAAGCUGCAGCAUUACAUUUAGAGAUGACCAAGAUAAAAUCCUAGUCUUUGCACAGUCCACUUUUUGAGUAGGUCAGAUAUCAUAAUACGAAGGAGUUGUAGCCGUUUUCUUUGUAAGACUCUCAUCUUUAUCACUGUCACACUGCAGUACCAAAUAAUGCAGAUAGGAGGUGGGUAUGCUAGUAGAUAUGUAGUGAGAAGUAGAAACGUGUGGUAGAUGUAGGGACAGAGUUAGUGUUUUCUAGUGUUUGUUGUGUUAUGGAAGCACUUUUCUAAAGAUAAUUUUUAUAUAGUGCAUAUCCAACUAAAAAAAUAUAUAGUAAGACACAUUUCAAUUUUAUAGUCCAAAAAUUCCAUACUUUAAAUGAUUUCUCAUUCUAAUUUAACACCAUGAAUGGAAGAUGGGUGGCUGCAUGUUAAUACCUAAUAAUGCUAGUUGGACAUUAGAACCAAGUUCAGCUUUGUGGGCCAAGGGGAUAUCAUGCAGACUCUGUAAGCAAGUUCUGCUUACCUGUGACCGACUUACAUUUUUUUUCCCUUUUAGACCUGAAAUGGAGUCUUUUUACACAGCAAAUUUAAAAAUAAUUUACUGUCCUUUUCAAAUGAUAUAUCUUUGGCUUGCACUACCCUAGCUGUCCCUUUUCAUUUUCUUCUGGAACCCCUGUAUUUCUUGUAUUAGGCAGUGACCCUUUAUAUGUUUUAUUCAAGUUUGCUUAUCUAAAUCCUUUCAAUUUAUGGUAGCAAUUUUGACGUAAAAAAAUGUUCAUACCAUUUUGGUUGACUUCCUUUGCACAUUAUUAGCCUCAUAUCCCUUAGGAAAUACACCAUCCAAAAUCUCAUGCCAUCCUCUUCCCCCAGUGUCACACCAGGGCAUGCUAGAAUAGAACAUUUGUUUCCAAAAUCUGUUUCCUUACUGUACUGGCUGGAGUUGGUUCAUACUUCUGUGUGCAGUAAAGUCGAGGUGCUUCUCUGCCAACUUUGUCCCUCCUCUUUUGUCGAUUCCCCUCAGACUUGUCUUCCAGUAGUAAGCACUUCCCUCCUACAUAGGCCAUGCAACUGAUUUGUCCAAACCCUGCCGAUGGCCUACCUUACACCAACUUUGCCACAUACCACUAACCAUACAUAUCUGUCACAUGCUGAAGGAAUUGUUUAGUAAUUAAACCAUUAUGUAUGUUUGAAUUAAAAUCACUGACACUAGUACUAAUUUGUGAAACAUAAACCAGCCAUAGCAUGAUAAAACACAUCUUUGGAGCAAGACACUGUCUUCCCUUCUUUUCAGAGAGUAAUCUUUUUACACCUACUCUUAAAUCAACCAAAUUUUAUGCAGACUCCUAGUUUGAACAAGUAUAAAACUUUUGUGAACUCGUGGAAAAUGGCAAUUAAUAAUUUUUCUCAUAAAAUUUACAGUGAUAACCUAUCAUAAUAAAAGUCCUAAUGUUAUCUAGAUUCAUUAAAUCCCAUAUUUUGUAAAUCUUCACACACAACUUAGAAAAAACUUCCUCUCAAAAACUUAAGAAUGCAAAUCAUAAACCUUCCAGUCUCCGUGAAUUACCUUGGGUAGUCCGAGAGGGGCAGAGGAGACCUUUAUAGUGUUACUGUAACUUUGUAAAUAUUCCUGUGAAUUAGUAACUAAUUUUGAAGCUGAAAUAUUUUUUUAAAAUUACUGAUGAAUGAAAAAUUAUAACUUGGGCAUUUUGUCUUGCUCCACAAAUCAAUUGUAUAGUAGUUAUCAGGACAGUUAACAUUUCUGAACUAAGUCAUUGGUUUUAUAUGUCAUCAUGAGUCUAUUUACUGUGAUCACCGUCAAGCUUACAUGGCAUGUUUGCCACACUCUCUGAUCACCAAAUCUAACCAGUGCAUGACAUGGAAAGAAUAUUACUGCUUUGAGGCAUUUUUCACAGGGAGGCUGUGCCUCUAGAACCCUAACUGUGUGAGCUCUGCCCUUACAUCCCCAAUCUCUAUGUAUUCAAGCUCUGUAAGAUUGCACCAACACAAAAGGAAGGACCAAGUUCCACAAUACUUGCUCCCUAUGUAAGUGAUUCACUUUGAUAUAACCCUGCUCCAAUUCUAAAAGACUUGCUGUCACUGUAAGUGAUUUACUCUGGUGUAACCCUGCUUUACAGAUAGGACUUAUUUACUAAAUCACUUGCAUAUAGAGCAAAUAUUUUGGAAUUGGGUCAGGUUUAUAAAAGAGUAAGUCAUUUCCACGAGAGAAAGUCUCUUGGAAUCUGGUCAGUAUUUUCUGAGUUCUAUAAAUCAUUAUGACUUUGGAGGUUUUAUACCUGGAUUUUGUUGGGGGUGGCAGAGAAGCCUACAUCAGGGGGUACAGGAAUAUCUCUCCUGCAUAAAAAUUUAAAUUAAGAUUUAAUUUACUUGCCUAUAAGAAGGUGGUUAAUUACCCACAGCCCACUGAGGGCGAAACAUUAAAGAUUUAUAGGUUGAAUUAAACCCUCUGUAAAAAUAAAUAAAAAAUAAAAUAAAAGUAGUCCCAAAAAAUUUGUCAUGCUUGUGUCUAUAUUUUUAUCUUCAAGUUAACUGUGGCAUCACAGAGUGCCCUCAGAAUUGUGAACCUCCCUGAAGGUACACUACUCUGAGUAGAUUACAAGAUAUUUUUCUCGGGGGGGGGGGGGUCAGUGUGCCACAUGAACUACUCCAGACAAGACCUCCACAUUUUUGGAGGUGCAUGUUCCACAGUUGUGGUAUCUGAUUUGGUUAUUUUGUGUAGAAGAUUAAAAAUAUUCUGUACUCUUUUUAGCAGCGGUUUCAGAAAAGACAGAUGAAAAAGGUCCCCUGCAAACAAAUUUGAGCUACUAAGUCACAUUGAUCUCAGACACCAUGUGGGAUGCAUUAUGAUUUAGCUAAUCAUUCCUGUAAUUGCUAAUUUCAAACUGUAUGGACUUUAAAUUAAAGCCCCUUAAAUAAAAACAUUUGCUUCCAUUUCACAAGCUGACAAGUUUGCUUUAGCUGGUUGUGUUAAGAGGGGAUUAGGAAAAUGUAGCUAUUGUCUGUGUCAAUUUUAAGGUAGGGUUGUAAUGAAUAUCAUCCAAGUGUAUAUUUAUCAUUUUGUGUGUGUGUGUGUGUGUGUGUGUGUGCACGCGCGCGUGUUGGGGGCUGUUAAGAAUUUUGAAAUGCAAAUUGCAGCUUAUAUCAUUAAGAAGAUACACCAAGGCACUUAUUCAAAUGUAAGCAAGUAAAAAUGUAAAGAACACUAAUGUAAACUUUAGAUAUCUCUUCUGAAAGUAAUACACUUAGUGAAAGGUGAUACGAGUAUGAAAAUUUGGACCAUGCUGAACAUGGUACUGAUAAGAUGACACCAGCAAUGGUCUACUGGAUCACUGGAAUGUUAGUACAAAGUGCAUUACAAUGAUUUCUUAGGUAUUAUGUUUCAAAAUUAAUUUAAAAGAAUGUAAUUUAAGGGCAAAAUGCUGAACUGCAAUAUAAUGUAACAGUUCAUUUACGAUUGGCAAUUUUUAAAAUAUGUUUUUGCAUUAUCUAUACAUCCCCAGUGACCAUCGACUCCUGUCUCCCUUCUGUCCUCAUCCUUGAAGGACACAGGGGAGUCCGAGUCAAAAGCAGAGGAACUUGGCUGCCGUCAUCUGGGAAGUUUGAAGAUUUCACUUUUUUGAUUCCCUUACAGCUGUCCUCCUGUUAGCUGGCAAAUGAAGUUUUGGUGUACACUUCUAGCACAUGCUGUGAUUGGCUAGUGUGCAAUCCCCUCUUUGCCAGUUUUAUGGUGUCAUGCACUGUUGCAUGUGGAGUACAUCUGUAGCCAUUCCACCCUGCAGCGAGACAGAACUAAUAGGAUGUGAUGGACAGUUAUUGCUCUUAUAAAAUGCCAUUAACAGUCAAAAAUGAUCUUUGAUUCUGUGAUGUAGGAAGAAAGAGGCCAGACCGUGACAGAGACAACCAUAGUUCAUUUAGCAGUCUAGGCAAAGGAGAAGCCAUCGGAAGAAGAUUGUGAGUGAGUGGCUCAUGCUAGUUUGCAUAUGCACAGGCUGCUAGCUGAACUCUUAUUGUCUGUGUUGCAGUUUGGGCUGUCUCUCUACACAUCAUGAAGCCAGGAAGAUCAAUUACCAUUUUUCUUACUAGGGUCAUUUUAUUAGAAAAAGUACCGUCCAUCAGACCUAUUAAGGGCAUUAUAUGAGAGCAAGUACUGUCCAAUAGGGUCUGUCUUUUGUUAUGGCUCUCGUUGUUAACCCAUUUUUCUCAUUGAUGGACUGUAGUUCAAGAAAAAAGAAACUCCAGGCUGGACUAUCAUGUUAAAUUUAAACAUGAUGCUGGAGUGCUAUAACCUUAACAGAUGUCAUCUUUCCAUAACAGUGAAACAACAUGACAGAUAAAAAGAUUAGUUGUGAACAAAUUCUGAUACUUUUUAAAAUAAUUUUUAAAUAAGUUAUUCUUCUAGUUUAUACACUUGGGAGGCAUAGCUGCUGGUCAGUUAGAAUGAGCAUCACCUACAUUAAGGUGUUAUCUAGCAAAUCACUGAUCGGGUAAAACACACUGAUAAUUAGUUGGAGUGACGUUAUGACUGGCAGAUGGCACAAGAUGUAUGCACUAAGCAUUGUUUACAACACUACCAGACUAUGUGGCAGUCUGUUACACCAUAGAAUAGUCAUCUGUAAUGACUAAUAAAAAUAAGCUAUACCCCUUUGGAUCUUUUUCUUGAAGAGCCUGAAGGACAAAAUAUGCACCAAAGUUGCAGUUUCACCUCCUCACCACUAUGUGUCACUGCAUUCCAGUGACAGGCAGCUACAACCAAAGAGGAGUGUGAAUUUUUACAGUCUGAUCACAGUGAAAUUGUUCAGCUGUAACUUAACCCUUGUGUACGUUACUGUCCCACAUGCCUAGCACAGUAGAUCGACCCAAUCCAUGAGUUUGUAAUUCUGCAGGAACUGUAUCAUGUAUUUACUCUAUAUUGUAUAUGUACUCUACUUUUUGUCACCUUAAAUAAAAGAGAUAAAUCAA